UUGUUCGAUAUCAAACGCGGAUUUAAGCGCGUGGUCGUGCUUGGUGGUGCGAGCGAAGCGAUCACGCGCAGAUUAUUAGCGGAAAGGGACGAUGUGGAGAAGAUUGUCGUCGUGGAUUUGUCUCAAGAUAUGCUCAAUUUCGUCGAGCGGCGCAUCGGAGCCGAGCCAAGACGGCGAGACGGAGCGCCUGUGGAGGUAUUGUACGUGCAAGGAGACGAAGAGAAUUUGCCCAUUCAAGAAAAUUCGGUAGAUGCCGUGAUUAGUUGCUUAGGAUUGCACUGGGUGAACGAUUUACCCGGCGCCAUGUCGCGCGCGGCGGCGGCGCUCGUUCCGGAUGGUCUCUUCUUGUCGUGUAUUUUUGGUGGUAACACUUUACAGGAGCUUCGUGUGGCGUGCGCGCUCGCCGAGACCGAGCAUGAGGGUGGUGUUAGCCCUCGAGUCUCGCCUUUAGCGCACGUGCGCGAUUGUGGGAGCUUGCUCGGUCGAGCCAACCUCACGCUUCCCGCCGUCGACGUCGACAUCGUCACCGUCGGCUACGCCUCUCCCGACGAGCUCGUCGAGCAUUUGCGCGCCAUGGCCGAGACCAACUCUGGGUUAAUGCGUCGUCAUCUUCUCCCUCGCGCCACCGCGCGCGCGGCGAGCGCGAUGUAUUCCCAAAAGUUCCCCGCCCCCGACGCCCCCGACCCCGGCGCCGUCGAAGCCACGUUUGAGAUCCUGUACAUGACCGGCUGGCGUCCUCAUUCGAGUCAGCAGACGGCCAAGCAGCGCGGCACCGCCACGGUGUCUCUGAGCGACUUGCAAAAGCACCUCGACGGCGACGCGUGA